AUGGCCGCGUCCGAGAGCUCACUGACGAGGACCGCCUCGACCUGCGCCCCGGAGACUGCGCACGGGUCGCACGUCUUCAAGAUCGACGGGUACAGCCUGCACAGGGGCUUCGGCGUCGGCAAGUUCAUCCGGUCCGCUACCUUCGCCGUCGGCGGCUACGACUGGUGCGUCCGCUUCUACCCCGACGGCGACAGGGAAGACAGCAAUGGCUGGGUGUCGGCCUACCUCGAGCUCAAGACCGAGAACACGGAGGUGAGGGUGCUCUACGAUAUCUGGCUAGUCGACCAGGCCACAGCGGCUCCGCCGCCGCGGCCUUAUGCCCGGCCAAACCCUAGCCAGGUAGACCCGUCGAUUUUUGACACCCGUGACAAUGCAGCCGUGAGCUGGGGCUUUACCAAAUUCCGGAGGAAGAGUGAGCUUGGAGAGUGGAUUGUGGACGACAUUCUUGGCAUCCAGUGCAAUCUUACAGUGAUCAAGUUCAAGGAGGCGCAGGUGGAGGACGCCAAGACGAAUGUUGUGGUCCAAGUGCCGCCGUCCGAUCUGUUUGAUAAUCUCAGUAGCUUGCUGGAGGCCACAGAGGGGGCUGAUGUAUCUUUCAAUGUGAAGCAUGCGGUUUUCUCAGCUCAUAAGAUAAUCCUCGCGAUGCGUUCAGCGGUCUUCAGGGCAGAGUUCUACGGGCCAAUGAGGGACAAAAAAAGGCACAACAUAACUGUUGAAGAUAUGCAGCCUGCUGCUUUCAGAGGACUGCUUCACUUCAUCUACAAGGAUUCGUUGCCUCCGAUGGAUGACCUGAAUGAUGAAGAGUAUGAAGAAAUGCUUAGGCAUUUGCUUGUCGCUGCAGAUAGGUAUGCCAUGGAAAGGAUGAAAUUGAUGUGCGAGAGCAAGCUGUGCGAGGUUCUUUGUGCCGAGACUGUGGCGACCACGCUGGCUCUAGCCGACCAGCACCAUUGCAGCCAGCUCAAAGAUGCUUGCAUUGAGUUUAUGAACUCUUCUAAUAUAAUUGGUGAUGUGGUGGCCAGUAAAGGGUAUGAGCAACUGAAACGGGAAUGCCCUAGUAUCAUUGCGGAUAUAUGGGAGAAAGCAGCUAAGAGUCGCAGAAUUUAG